AUGGGAAACGAUUUUGGUAAACCGACGGUCUAUUUUACGAGAGUUGAAGAGGCUCGUCGAAGAAAGGACAUAUCGGAACUAAUAUCCGACCCAUUAGAUGAAGGUCCGGGUCACUCCGAUUGUUAUGUGAGACCUAACUCGACCCGAUUAUACUCCUCCAAAUUCCACUCGAAGAAACAACCACCUUCCGUACCAUAUCCGGUGCCUUCGCCGGUGCCAACACAGGUCAUAGUUUCUGCUGCCAUGUGCUUGGUUUCGGACAAAACAGGCUGCUCAAACUUGACCUACGCCGCCUCCCAAACCCAA